CUCGGGCUAGCUGCUAUGCUUCUGGUCUCCGGUUUACUCGUAUGGCAGGCUUUCGUGCACAAGCGUACGAAUGCACUAUCGAUGCCUCCUAGUCCACCUUCUAACCACUGGCUUUGGGGACACGUUCUUCCUAAGGAAUACCCAUUUCUUCAGAUCGACAAGUGGAUAGCAGAAUAUGGACCCGUCAUCACCCUCCGGACGGGGUUCACGAAACACGUCCAGAUUGGUCGCCAACAGGCACUGAUUGACAUCAUGGAGCGCCAGGGCACCGUGCUCGCGGACCGACCACAUGCCAUCUCGACGUCAGAGCUUUUCGCACAAGGCGCGAGCAUCGGGUUCGUCCCUGCCGGGGAGCGCAUAAAGUCGAUGAGGCGAGCCCUGCAUACAUAUCUAGCACCGAGGGCAGCGGAGCAUUACGAGCCUCUCAUCACUGUGCACGCAAGAGCUUUUAUUCUCGACCUUCUGGAUAACCCUUAUGACUUCCAAGAACACGCAAAGACAUUCUCAUCCUCCCUCGUCUUGCAAGUUGCAUACGGAAAAGAUACUCUCACACGCGCGUCUGAUCCUAGCGUGCAGCAGGUACAAGAUCAGAAUGAGCGACUCAGACUUGUGAUGAGUCCUGGAGCAUACCUCGUCGACACCAUUCCUAUGCUAAAGUACCUCCCGUGGUAUGCCCGUAGGCUGAAAGACGGGUUCAAGAAGGACAAGGAGCUUUUCGAAUCUCAUCUUGACGACAUUGAAACGAAAAUGAACAAUGGGGAUCCCAACCCGUCUUUUGCUAGACACUUAUUGGAGCACGAAGAACAGUAUCAAUUAUCACGCAUCGACAUGGCCUUCCUUGCUGGGGCACUCUUCAGCGCGGGUUCGGACACCACAGCAACUGGAAUCUGCGGGAUCUUACUUUCACUUGCGCUACACCAGGAAGAACAGUGCAUGGUAAGUGAGGAGAUGGAUCGCAUUGUUGGCACAGAAAGAGUUCCGGUAUUUGGAGAUGAGGACUCGCUGCCAAUUCUACGAGCGUUCAUUGCCGAGACUAUCAGGUGGCGCCCAAUCGCACCCUUAGCUCUGGCCCACAAAACGACAGCGGACGUGUACUGGGACAAAUACUGUAUACUGGCAGGGACAACCGUUCAAGGAAGUAUCUGGGCAAGCUCGCGUGACCCCGACUUCUAUUCUGAUCCAGAGAAAUUCGAUAUCAAACGAUGGCUAACCACGAGAGCUUUCCGCGAAGACAUGAAGUUCCUUGCAUUUGGGUACGGACGAAGGGCAUGUCCUGGGCAGCAUUUAGCAAACAGAUCACUUCUCAUCAACACGAUGCUUGUCGUGUGGUCGUUCCAUCUUUCCAUGAGCCCGAUCAAGGACUGCGAUGACCGUCUGUAUCUUUCGGGGUUUCCUCAUCAACGGGCUUAUGAUCUCCGAUUUAAGUCGAGGAUGGGUUCUGAUACGCUGAGAGAUGCAAUUAGAAGACCAGCCAUAUUGACUUGAUGACUGAAUCAUUCAUGAGAACACCUGCACCAAGUUAUAGUUUAAAAUUCACCCGCAUUUCAGUGCCGUUACUUUGUGAAUAUGGAAUUUUGAGUAGCGACGGGACCCAGCAUCUCUGCUGUUUUUUAUUCAUGGCCCGCAGCUUAUUAUACCCUUUUCUCAUACGUAAUGUUUGAAUGAAGACCUAUUCC